AUGACUUAAAUAUAAGAUCAAGCUUCUCACAUUUUUCCCUUCGUGGCAUCCUAAGAGGAGUAUGGUUCAUUUAAUUCCUUUUUUAAUACUUUAAGGAAACUUGGUUGGAGGCAGGUUUCAUUCGAUUAAUAAAGCUAAAGCUCAAAUCUUAUAAUGAAAUUAUGCUAUUUUUCAUCAAAGUCUAUGCUCUAUUGGCCGGAAUGCUUGCUUCUUUUUAUCUGA